UCUCAGCUGUGAAUAUAUAUAUACUCUCCAGUUGUCUUCUACUAAUAAAUCCAGACCGUUAAAUAUUCUUCAUCAGAAGUUACUCAGCAAUGUACGCAACCAAGCCGCUCUCGGCGUUCGCGGGCCACCCGGAUGCCACGUCGCGGCCGCUGCCGCCGGCGGCGGCGGAGGGCGGCUGCUCCGGCUACCUCGCCGUGAAGAGCGACGAGGAGGGCACCGACGAGACGCGGUGCUGGGGCUUGCGCAGCCAGCCGCGCGUGCGCGGGCUCCCGUUCCCGCAGAACCGCGUCGUCACGGUCAGCGACCCGGCGCUCGGCAAGUACGCCGACGCCUACGCGGACGCCGUCGUGUUCGUGCCCGUCCCCGGCGCGCCGCCCUCCUCGAACCGGUACUACGCCGUCCUCGCCGCGGGCAAGCACCGCGGCCUCGUGCGCGCGUGCUCCAGGGAGGACGACGCGGCGACGCACUGCUUCUGCCGGUGCGUCCGCGACGCGAAGCCCCGGCCGUUCGACCCCGCCGACGUGUACCAGCAGAUGGAGAUCGUGCCGAACAGGGGCGGGUUCACGGCGAGGUCCGUCGCCGCCGACGGCCUCCCCUACUUCCUCUACCGGAGCAAGCGCUGGCUGGCGUACGCGUCCAGGCCCAAGCACUUCGACCUCGCCGAGGCGCUUGGCCUCAACGACCCGCUCCGCUCGCGCUCGCUGACCACCCCGCCGCCGGCGACGGCGACGGCGACGGCGGCGACGGCGGUGGCCGUCGGGCGGUGGUACACCCCGUUCUUCUACAUCAAAGAGGACGGCGUUCCACUCAAGGCGCAGAUGGACCGGUCCACGUUCUACGAGAUCGUCCUGGAGCAACGCUGGGAUGAGGCCAUGGGCGGCGAGGCGAGCAAGAGGGUGCUCGUCGGCGGGAGCGUCGAGGGGAAACAAGAGGCCGUGGGGGCGGCGGCGAGCGCGCGGACCGGCGGAGGCAGCGGCGACGGGUACGUGUGGUUCAGCGCGGCGACGACGACGUGGCCCGCGGGGCAGAGGGUGGGCGUGCACGCGAGCCUGUGGGAGAAGAUGGUGUGGGAGGAGCAGAGAGGCGGGUGGGUCGCCGACGAGGAAGUUGGCGGCGGCGGCGUCAGGAAGACGAUGUCCGGCGGCGCCGGCGGCAGGUCGGUGCUGGUGGAGAGGUUCGCGGUGAGGAGGCUGGACGGCAGCGUGGUGGUGGCGUUUGACUUUUCCCACGUCAACAAGAUCAACUAGACAACUACUAGGACCAGUACUAGCGAAGACCUUUCAAUUGCAACUAGAUCAGUACGAGACCUUUCGAUCGCUUGUAUUUGCGUAGUUGUAUACUCGUGUUGUAUUUGAGUUUUUUUUUUCUUUUUGCAAGGAUUGUACUGUAUAUGAUUAUGUUGUAUGCAUGCGUGUAUAACCUUAGAUAUUGUUCUUUACUACGGUUAGUUAGUUAAUUAAUUAAUUACUGAUAAUGAUGAGUAAUACAUCGUCCAUUUUAAAA